UCUGGCCUGGGGGACCGGCCCGAGGAAGCGGCCCGAGGCGCGGGAAGGGGGCCUGGUUUCGGGCCGCGGGGAGGCUGGUGUGCAGCCCGUCGGAGACCGUCCUGACUCCUUCGUAUCUCCGAGUGCAGAUGGGAAGCUGGUGGGGGCAGUUCCGGGGGGCACGUUGACCCAAACGGAGCCGCGACAGGGGACGAGACUUUCUGGGAGAGGGAGCCGGCGUCGUCGUCCCCUGGUCCCGCAGAGGAGGCGUGGCCCCGCCACUGUGUGUUCGAGUCCGGGGAAAGAUAAAAAGUAAUCGGUAAGCAGAGUGUCAGCAAGUGAGACAUGCCCCCAAGGACAAGGACACCUGGGGAACUGUAGACGACGGGGCAGCGCCACUCUGCCCCGAGGAGGCCAGGGUUUGCAGAGAUGGAGGAGAGGGAACUGGCCAAAGCACUUUCUAGGUGGAGACGAGCCGACUGGAAGGGUCCCGCAAGGCGGCCGGUGGCUGGGACAGAAUGCCCCGGGGCCUUCCGUUGGAAAGGGGCCAGAGUGGGCUGCGGUGGCGCGGUGGCGCAGUGGCGGGGCCUGGUCAAACAGCCUUUAGCCCAAGAUUUUCCCUCUUCUGCGUUGGUGGGUUUGAGGAUGACGACAGCAACGCGACAGGAAGUCCUUGGCCUCUAUCGCCGCAUUUCCAGGCUCGCGAGGACGUGGCAGGCAGCCUCGGGGCAGGUGGAGGACACCAUCGCAGAGAAACAGUACAUAGUCAAUGAAGCCAGGACGCUGUUCCGGAGAAACAAACACCUCACAGACGCAGCCCUGAUCAAGCAGUGUGUGGCCGAGUGCACCGCCAGGAUCGAGAUGGCACUGCACUACCGGAUCCCUUAUCCACGGCCGAUUCAUCUGCCUCCAAUGGGGCUCACCCCACUGCGAGGCCGGGGGCUCCGAAGCCAGGAGAAACUGAGGAAACUGUCCCAGCCCGUGUAUCUCAAGUCUCACGAUGAGCUUUCCUAAUCCAGAAAAAGUUUAUUUCUCAGGAUGAUGAGCCAACUAGAUCGUGAAUGUUAUCCAGAAUGCAAAACCUUUCUCCUUGAUUGGGGCAAAAUUUCAAGUAUCUUCUUAAAAAACCUCCAAAAUAUUGGCACUCACCACGUGACGUGUAUGCACAGCUUGCCAGGGCCUUGCUGCCCGAGGGGACACCAACCCUGGAGGUCCCUGGCCUCACGCCCUCCCUGAAGCGCCAUCUGGGAACAGCUGAGGCCUGUGGGAGGAAGACUGGAGAAGGGCCAGGCUGCUUGUGGAAGCACCGCCACCCGACUGUCGGCUGACGCAGAGCCCUUCCCGGCUCCUAGGUACCUCCACAGAAUACUUUUAGGCUUUUUUUUAAGUUAUAGAUUUGCUUACAAGGAGGUUUUUUUGCCCUGGCCAGUGUGGCUCAAUUGGUUGGGUGUUGUCCAUGCCCGCAAAGUUCGCCAGUUUGAUACCCGGGCAGGGCACAUGCCCAGGUUGUGGCCUUGAUCCCUGGAGGGGUGUGCAGGAGGCAGC